AAGCCCAGUUAGCAUAGAGUUGUACUUAUAGUUCGUGUUGUGUUUCCAAAGUUAAAGAAGUUACGCAUUCUCUUUCUCUUUCUCAUAAACAAAUUUCAUCACUUUUUCUGAUCUAACAAACUCACAUUCAUCAUCAUCGCAAUGGAUUCCCGCUCAGCACCACCACAACAACCUACUAUGAUGGUGGGACCCACAUCUUACGCUCCAACUAACACCACCAUGAUCAGCCCCAACUCCUCCACCACCACCACCGCGAACAUCAUGGCACCCGCUACAGCUCGUUUUCCUUUCGCUUCUCCGCAAUCGGAGCCGUUUUCGGUUACUCAUGACGGUCCUUCUUCUCCGUCGACGCUUGGGAAGAAGAAACGUGGCCGGCCGAGGAAAUACUCGCCUGAUGGUAACAUUGCUCUUGGUUUGGCUCCUGUUUCUUCUCCUGUUGCUGCUACGUCUGCUGCUUCGGCUGGUGAUUCUGGAAACGCCGAUGCGCCUCCCAAGAAACAUAGAGGAAGGCCGCCUGGCUCUGGGAAGAAGCAGUUAGAUGCGCUUGGUGCUGGUGGGACUGGAUUCACUCCACACGUAAUCUUGGUGGAGUCUGGUGAGGACAUUACAGAAAAAGUUAUGGCCUUUUCUCAGACGGGGCCUCGCACGGUUUGUAUUCUUUCUGCCAUUGGUGCAAUCAGCAGUGUAAUCCUUCGACAGCCAGCUUCAGGCAGUAUUGCAAGAUAUGAGGGUCAAUUUGAGAUCGUAUCGUUAUCAGGUCCUAUGCCGCUAUCUGAAAAUAAUGGUGAACAAAGCAGAACAAGCAGUUUAUACGUUUCUGUUGCAGGGGCUGAUGGACGAGUUUUGGGUGGUGCAGUUGCUGGCGAGCUAACUGCAGCGUCAACUGUACAGGUCAUUGUGGGUAGCUUUAUUGUGGACCGGAAAAAGUCAAGCUCAAGUAUGGUGAAAUCUGGGCCUUCUUCAGCACCAACUUCCCAAAUGUUGAACUUUGGGGCACCUACAACUCCAACUAGUCCCACUUCUCAAGGGCCUUCAACCGAGUCCUCGGAAGAAAAUGAUCAUAAUAGUAAUUUUAGUAGGGGACCUGGACUCUACAAUAAUGCUAAUCAGCCUGUUCAUAAUAAUAUGCAGCAGAUGUACCAUCAUCCACUAUGGGCUGGCCAAACUCACCCGUGAUGUGACUUCGGAUUAACAGUGCAGAAGCAGGGUAUUUGUUGGACUGAUUGUUGGAAGUUUAGUGUCUAGAUGUCAAGUCUAACUUGCAUUGUUGAGGACUGAAUUUAGAACGGUCUAUAGUAUUAAGGUUCUAGUUAAUCUCUCCAUCGUUCACCCAAUUAGGUUUUUGUUGAAGUAUCUUUUGAUUAUAUAUUACCGUAGGGACUCUAAUGAUGCUAGCCAAGGAUAUGCUCUUGCAUCACCUGAUUUCUGUCAUUUUGGAGAUUGCUGUCUGUCUGUACUCAGCAGCGGCACAACAAAAUCAGAUCUGUGCUUUUACACGUUCAUCAUGCAUUAUUUUUUUAUUUCAUUUUUGCUUUUACUACAAA